UUGUGUGCGGUUCGUUGAUUUCGUUUUUUGGGCAUUCGGCGCGACACUUCGCCGAAAGUGAUCAACAACAAGACAAGCGAUCUGUAAAGUGGUGGAACGCAUGAGUAGACCAGAAGCAAAUAUGCAUAUGCAGAUACAUAUCGCUUCCUAAUCGUAUUUAAAUUAAAGAAAUUGAAUUUUAAAUCAUAAAAAAUAACACACAUACACACACAAUUAAAAAAAAAAGGUUAUUAUACUACAAAGUGACUUUCUAAUUCACAAAAUGGAAACAACGAGCACAAACACAAAACCGAUCAGCAAUAAAUCCUCCUUUUCCAUCGCGAAUAUAUUAGAGCAUAAAAUGCUAUCUACGCCGCCCGCCGCGCAUAGUAACGGCCAUAAAAUUGAACACUUGCAGCCGCUUGCAAAAAUGAUAAGUGCAACAUCCACAGCCAUAAGCAACACUAGCACCAACACCCUGGCACACACACUGCAGUCACGUAUCGGUGAACCGAUGUCACCAACAAUCGCCAAUCCCAUCGCGACAACAGCUUAUUCCACGCUUACAUCGGAUGCACAAUACGCUUUCAAGAAUCUACUGCUCAAGAGUGAUUAUGGCGCUGGCGGCCCACCUCUGUUGCCAACUCCGGGCGCAUUGCGCUUCGAACCCGUUUACGAUCCCGCUACACUGAUCUAUCAACAGAUGCUGAAUAUGCAGAAGAACUCAGCGUUAUUUAUGCCGCACUUUCAAGCGGCGGCAGCGGCGGCUGCGGUAACGCCGUCGGGUUAUUGCGAUCAAUACAAUCCCUUUUUGGAAUGCGAAGGUUUUCCUGGUAACGCCGCCGCUGCUGCUCUCUACUGCAAUGCUGUCUAUCCGGGCUUUUAUGUGCCCAACUUUGGUGUUAAACGUAAGGGCGGUCAAAUCCGGUUCACAUCCCAACAAACGAAAAGUCUUGAGAAUCGCUUCGCUAGCUCAAAGUACUUGUCACCCGAAGAACGACGACACCUUGGGCUUCAACUCAAACUCUCCGAUCGUCAGGUGAAGACGUGGUUUCAAAAUCGACGUGCCAAAUGGCGUCGCUCCAACAAUACUAAACGGAUACCACCUUCACAUAUUUUGAACCAAGCGCUGGCUGGCAGUAGUGGUGGAGCUGCAUCGCACAGCAGCGAUCAAAUCGAUAGUAGUCGUGAUGUACUUUCAGAGGGAGAAGACGAUGAUGAUAUCGAUGAUGUUGAAGACAGCGAUGAAGAGAAGGCGUAAGAAGGAGCGAAAAGCAAUAAAAUGUUGAAUAAAUUAGAGGGAGGGGGGAUUGCGUUAAGUUUUUUUAAGUUUUAAAUUUAAGUGUUAAAAAAUGUAUAUUUAUUUUAGGAUUUAAGCGAAAAAUAUGUGACUAAGUUUACUUUUACAUUGUGAAUAAAAAAUAAAUAAAAAGUUGUGCAUAUAAUUUUUAAUUUUUAUAGUCAUUUCAGAAGCAUAAGA